AUGACCAGUAUGGGCUAUCGUGAUAACCUUCAAUACGCCUAUCCGGUUCUGUAUAGUUUCGGGGUGGCCAAUGAGUCUGUGCCUAUUCACCUGGCACGAAUCUCCUGUCCGGCCGAUGCUGUCGAUUUGAAUAGCUGUCAACUGGGUGGUGGUUGGGGUUCCGUUGCCGGUUGUACACACACAAUGGAUGUUGGCGUGCAAUGUGGCCCGGUUGCAUACAGUACUAAAUCACCUUUGUACAAUCCGGACCUGACGUGCAAUCACACACACGCGACGGUGCGUUACGUGAAAUCGGAAAAUCCCGAUUUGACCACCUCCAUGAUAAAACUGUUCGGUGAUGUCCCGACCGGAUGUCAGUUCCGUGUGGCCGAAACUGACAGCUACGUUGAAGCCUAUAUUCCACUGGACGGCUGUGGUGGAAGUCUUUCACUGAGUAACGAGUCAACAAUUGCCAUCCGACUGGAAUUGAUCCGACAUUAUAUGGCACCACAAAGUGGAAUUAUUUCCCAACUCCCAGUCCGAUUCGGUGUGACCUGUUUAAUUCCACGCGAUUAUCGUAUUCAAUCGGAUCCGCUUGUGGCUCCCGAACUGAUUGCUGAUCUGCUCGGUGGUACCAGUGGAGUGGCUGCCUCGUUGAAGAUGUUCCGUGAUCCACAUUGUGCGGUUUACGACGGUCUGACCGUGGUCCCGCUUUCUCCGAACGAAGUCGGUUUCACUUUUAGCGCAUUCUAUUUGGGUCAGGCCGGCGCGGUGGUUCCCGUCCCGACCAAUCUCUAUUUGCACUGUGAUACCCGAGUGUGUCACGUGAACGAGACAUCCAGUUCGUGCACUCAGUUCUGUCGUAAACCGAUUGUGAAAGGAGAUUCAAGUUUGGUGAAAAUACGGCGAAAACGUGAUGAUUCCGCGGUGAUUCGGCGUCAAAAUAUCCCGGUAACUGAAGGACCUGUUCUCGUGGGGGAUACCGACUAA